AUGAUUGUCUCCGGUUCUUUCAAAGAGAUAGUUAGGGUUUGGGACGUGAAAUCCAACAAAUUCUUGAAGGUGCUUCCUGCGCAUUCUGAUCCCGUAACUGAUGUUAACUUUAAUCGAGACUGGACAUUAAUAAUGUCCAGUAGCUACGAUGGAUUGUGUAGGAUUUGGAUGCAUCUACAGGGUACCCUGGAUAGUACAUUGGCGAGUGAAUUCUUAUUUCUUUUCCUUGAAAUCAAGGUUAUGGACCUAUCAACUGGCAAGUUCUUAAAGACUAACAAUGUCCACACAAACUCAAAAUACUGCAUGUUAUCAGCAUUUUCAAUCACAAAUGGCACAUACAUCGUGAGUGGCUCAGAGGACAAUUGUGUAUACUUAUGGGAACUUCAAACAAGAAAAAUAGUCCAAAAACUUGAAGGUCACACAGAUGUUGUAAUAAUAGUUGCUUGUCACCUAAUUGAGAAUAUGAUUGCUUCAGGUGCUCUUGAAAAUGAUAAAACAGUGAAGAUUUGGAUUCAGGAGAUCAACAAAAUAGAGGAUCAAACAGAUGCAAUUGAAACAGUAAUUCAAUAA